UCACUAAGCGUUGGUUUGGCUCGCAUUUCUAAGUUGACAUUUCGCGCGAAUAGAGGUCAAAAUUUCGCCGUUGAAAUUUAUUUUUGAAUAAAAGUCGCGAGCCUUUGAUAAAAAUGUCUGGACGUGGAAACUUGCUGUCUUUAUUUAAUAAAAAGACGGAGACUAAAAAAAGUGCUCUAUUUACUCAAGAGCAUACCAAUGACAGUGGAUUAGAUGCGGACCAGUCUAAUUUGAGGGGAACCUAUAAAAAAACGGCCCGGAACACUACAAGUGAUCUUGCAUCGACUUCUAACAGUUUUAGCAUUUCAAUUGGAAGGGGGCGUGCCAAUUUAUUGCAUUCUAUUAAAAAGGAAACAAUAAAGUCGGGCCUUUCCUCAUCGUUGGAAAAAGGAAUUGCUUGUCAAGAUCAAAACAAAAUAUGUAAUUUAAAUAGAAAUAUUAAUGCUACUAGCGACGACACAAAUAACCAAAUUAUUCUAAAAAAUGGUUUAUUUUAUCCCAACACGAUAUACGGCAGCGAAGGUUCUCUGGUUAAUCUGUCAUGUAAUUAUAUAGGUCUAAAGUCUGAUCCGAAGAAGGGAGUCUAUCUGUAUGAAGUACGAUUCAAUCCUUCUGUUGAUUCAAUUUAUCUAAGAAUGAAGUACUUGAAUGAACACAGUAAACAAUUCGGAGGCAUUAAAACCUUUGAUGGAACAACCCUAUACUUGCCGAUUAUGUUAGAAAGGGAAUUGACAACUUUUAUUUCAAAAGGCCCUUCCAACGAAGACAUCGAAAUUAGAAUUUUAUUCAAGAAAAGAGAGUCCCUUAAAAAUUGUAUACAAUUAUACAAUAUAUUAUUUGAUCGAAUCAUGAAAACCCUAAAUUAUGUUAAAUUCGAUAGAAAGCAAUUCGAUCCCUCCCGUCCGAAAGUGAUUCCAACAGCCAAGCUCGAAGUUUGGCCAGGUUACGUAACUGCUGUCGAUGAAUACGACGGUGGUUUAAUGCUUUGCUGUGAUGUAUCCCAUCGUUUGCUUUGUCAAAAAACGGUAUUGGAUAUGCUAAUAGAGAUCUAUCAACACUGCAAAGCCAACUAUCAAGACAAAGCAAAAAAGUACUUGAUUGGAAGUGUAAUAAUAACUCGCUAUAAUAAUCGGACGUACAGAAUUGACGAUAUAUGCUUUUCUCAAAAUCCGUAUUCAGAAUUUGAAACAAGAACUGGAUUUUGCAGUUACAUUGACUACUACAAAAAUAACCAUAAUAUAACAAUUAAAGAUGGCAAACAACCAUUACUCAUUAGCUUAAAGCAGUCAAGAAAAAAUGACACCUCGAAUAAAGGAAACGUACGAUUUUGCUUAAUUCCGGAACUUUGUUAUCUUACCGGACUCCACGAUGAAAUUCGGGCCGACAAAAAACUAAUGCGUGAGAUUGCAACUGUCACCAAUGUAACACCGAAUAAUCGUAUGCUAGCGCUGGAUAAAUACUUUAAAAAUGUCACAGAAAACGAUGAGGCUCGAGAAAUCCUUGAAAAUUGGGGAUUGUCACUACAUAAAAACUACCAUAAUAUAGUCGGUCGGAAAAUAGAUUCGGUACAAAUUUAUUUCGCAAAGCAUUGUAUUUCAGCCGGACAUAAUGCAGAAUUUUCCAAAGAUGCCGUAAGAAACGAAUUGCUGGAAGUUAUAAAUUUAAACAGUUGGGUCUUGAUUUAUCACAAAAAUGAUUUAAAAGCUGCUAAAUCAUUUUUACAUAAUAUGAAAAAUUGCAGUGAUGUCUUCGGAAUGAACAUAUGUAAGCCGAAUGUCAUUAUUUUAGAACAUGAUCGAAUAGACACAUAUGUCGAUGCUUUACGUCGAAACAUUUGUGCUAAAACUCAAAUAGUCGUGUGUAUAUGUCCCACUAGCAGAGAUGACAGAUAUAGUGUUAUUAAAAAAAUAUGCUGUUCUGAGAUACCAGUCGCUUCACAGGUUAUAAACUCAAGAACACUAUUCAACGAAACAAAAAAUCGAUCAAUUGUUCAAAAAAUUAUUUUACAAAUAAAUUGUAAAAUUGGAGGAUCAUUGUGGACCGUAAAAAUACCCUUCAAGAAUGUAAUGAUCUGUGGAAUAGACUCUUAUCAUGAUCCGAAUCAAAAGGGCAACUCUGUGGCUGCACUUGUAGCUUCUUUAAACUCAUCCUAUACACAUUGGUAUAGCAAAGCUGUAAUUCAAUCUAAAAAGGAAGAACUUGUUAAUGGACUUACAUCAUCUUUUGAAGCUGCUCUAGAGAGCUAUAAGACCCGAAAUGGUCAGCUUCCAGACAAAGUAAUUAUUUACAGAGAUGGAGUUGGAGAUGGUCAAUUAAAUUCGUGUGUCAUGUACGAAAUUCCGCAGUUCGAAAGAGUUUGCGGUAAAAAUAUGAAAAUCACUUUUUUAGUAAUUCAAAAACGAAAUAAUACUAGAUAUUUUUUGAAUAACGAAAACACUUAUGAAAAUCCGUUGCCGGGGACAGUAGUUGAUAAAUACAUCACUAGAUCAGACAUGUACGAUUUCUUUUUGGUUUCACAAUCAGUUCGCCAAGGUACAGUGAGCCCAACGCAUUUCAUUGUACUACGUGACGAUGCUAAUUAUGGACCUGAUAUUAUACAAAAAUUAAGUUAUAAACUAUGUUACUUGUAUUAUAACUGGCCUGGAACAGUUCGGGUUCCUGCGUGUUGUAUGUACGCCCAUAAGCUGGCAUACUUGAUUGGUCAAAGUGUUCAACGGGAUAUUGCAAGCAACUUAUCGGAAAAACUUUUUUAUUUAUAAGAAUGUAAUGUCUUGCAUAAUAAAGAUGAAAUAUUAAGAUGAACACGUAUAAUAAUGUAUAAUAACGCUUAAUGAAAUAAAUAAAGGGAAUAUGAAAUAUA